CGCAGCUACUGUUGCCUCGUCUGCGCCUGUCAAGUUCACAGAAGAGCAAGCAAAGGCCGAACAGCAGAAGAAAGCACCUGCUUUCCAUAAUCCACACCAAAUCAAGCGCCCCCAGGCCAAAAAAGCCGGCACUGUCAAGAAGCCCCUCAUGCCUGCGGUUUCCUCUUCUACCUCCAACUCCUCAGACCCGGUCCCAGCUCCAGCUUCGAAGACAGAACAACAUGGCAUAGACUGGUAUCGAAGCACUGCAGACGAUGACGCAGCUAUUCUUGAGGAGAGGAGGCAGCGCCAAUACGAGGAGGCCCAGAGAAAAAAACAGAUGAAGAAGUUCCAAAAGCAGUUCGGAUACUGGAACCCAACAGCUCCACACAAGCCUGAACGCUGGUCAAAUCUGAAGGCUUACAGAGCAAGUGGUGGCUACAGACGCAAGCAGGAAGGGUUCAACGACUUUCUGCGAUCAGCCGCUCGCCAAUCUGAAAGAUCGAGGGAGGAGAGCGAAGGCUCCAAUGCUUCAAGGCCCAUGUCAUCGUCAGGCUCGACCUCGCCGCCCCCCUCGUUCGCAACGAAGCCCACUUUUGCACCACCAGCGUCCUACGACCAGCCUACUACGUCUGAACAAGAUGAUGAGGACCCUUACGCACGCCGCAUGCGUCUCUCGCAACAGCAGUCGAGUGCCGCACCGCCGCCACCGUCUGAACCUCAGCCACGCAGCUUCCCUCCACCACCAACUGUAUCAGAUGAUGUUUCUCCGCCUCCGCCUCCGCCUCCACCGCCUGUGCCUACUGCUGGUGCACCCGGCACAAUGCGUAGCUCCUCGAUUUACGACAAUGCCACUAUCUCAGCACCACCUGUUCGCUACGCCAACGCUACAAUCUCUGCGCCCCCAGUACGCUUCGAGCAGCCACCCACGCAACCCUCAAAUGACGAACCCGAAUAUUCCGAGCGCCCUGCCAAACGCCCAAAAAUAAGCAAAGCCGAAGCCAUGAUGGCGAAGAUGGGCUACGUCAAAGGCCAAGGCCUGGGCAAGAACAACGACGGCGUAACCACACAUCUCGAAGUCAAGAUCCGGAAACCUGCACCAGGCGGGCAAUCGAGUAUCUUUGAUGAUGGCGAGGGCAACAAGGUCAAGAGUGCGCAGGUCUGGGAUGUGCGUGGUGGAGAGCGGAAGAAGGAUGAGCCGGGCAAGUUUGGGGAGGAGAGUCCUGUGGUUGUUACGUGGGGAUGUGUGGAGGGCGUGGACUGGAGGGAAAAUGCUGAGAGGGAUGAUGGUGGAAUUAGACAGGAUAUGGGAGAGGUGUUCAGCACGAAGUUUGGUCCUGUUGAAAGGUUGCAGGUCGACGAGUCGAAUGCCGAUGGAGUGGUGUACAUCCACUUCAAAUCGGUACUAAGUGCUCUUAACGCUGUCAACCGGUUCGACGAAGGUUUCCAAUACAGAGGUAGGAACAUCCGUGCCCGGUAUUACGACGAACGCAAGUUUCACGCCGGCACAUACGACCAUUAAGCAUAGCCCUCCCUAUAACAGCUAGAGAUGUACGGAGACAAGAUUCGAUUACCUGAUCAAUCGCCCGCCAUAUACACGUAGCACUUGCG